CACGCUAUCUUCUGAUUCUUCGUCUGUUUCGUCGUCGUAAUAUUCGUCUUCGUCGCUAUCCUCUUCGGUAGAUUCGUUGUCGUACUCGUCCUCGUCCUCGUCCUCGUCCUCAUCGUUUUCUACAUCAGAGUCACUGUCCUCUGCCGCUUUGACUGCAACCUCUUCUUUUUCGCCAUCGUCGGCCUCGUCUGCUGCCCCACCCCGAAAUUGUAAAACUUUCUGUUUCUGGAUCUCAUGAAAUGACGACAGCAGAGUGAGAGUUUCUCUUUUKCCACUCACCCUGUUCUCGACUUUAUUGUAAAAGGCUGGGAGGGAAAGAAAKUUCGAGGAUGAGGAAGAUGACGAUGCCACCUCUACAACGAGCAUCGACAGGACAGCGAGAAGGAGGAAGGAGGACAUGCUUCUAUUUGUAGUGGGUGAAUGGGACAUUUUGUUUUAUGRUGAUUCAACAGAAUGUAACUCUCUUUGGUGAUGUCCAACAGUAUUGUGGUAGAAGCAGAAAUGUUGUCCGCUUUCGUGUGACAGUCACGCCGAGCUGAGGUAAAUCGGAUCGGAUGACAUAAAAAUCAUUGAUUGUCUCGAAAUCAUUUAUCCACACCUGUUUGAGGUCCGCAUCCGAAAAUUGCAUUCUGUUGGAUUCAGGAUGAAUUGACUCUUGAUUGAUUCAGUAUCGGUGGUCGGAUCGGCCCGCCAGCUUGCCGCGUGGCGUMCCACGAAUUUAAAAAAUAGGACACGAUGCGGCGCUAUCGAUACCGAUAGGUACGAAAACGUACGCAARGGUCAUAAGACCCCUGUACGUAGCGUACGUACCUACCGUCUAUUAUGACCCCUGCCUACAGUGCUAUGCGAAAUGCGGCAGACUGCCAGACAUCAAAUGAGUGUACCCAUUCAUAAUAGGUAUAAGGAAUAUGUAUUAUAGGUAAGGUGUGCAUCGCAAGAUUCAAUAGCCAAGACCCAAGAUUCUCAAAAUUCAUAUUCAUAUCGAAAAGGUUCAGGUUUAGUCCUUUAGUUUCCCGCCAAGUCAUCCACGGAAGAAAUCAGACAGAAACAUCACGAAGUACGGUACACAUCAUUUCUUCUUGUACUGGUGAGUUUCUUCGUGUACCGUAGGUAUCGUACUGUUACUCUUACCGUAAGAUAGCUCUGUACCUUACGGUACUUACCAGCAUCAUCGCGCAAACGAAGAAAAAUCAUCAUCUGUUGUCUUCGGUCGUCGACCGUCGGCGGGAUUUUUCCAAAAUUUAUCCCGACUAUCAUACUGUUACAUCUGCAUGGUCCAGUGGCCUCUGUUCAUCAUCAAAAGUUGGAUUUGGCGUCGAAUGAUAGCGCCCCUAGAUAGCACUUUAAUCGUUUGGUUCUAAGYAGUAAACAAAUCGAACCAAMAACGUUGUUCAAUCUCGGYGCUUCGCACAGGAUACGAAGUGUGUAGUCAACAAGCUAUCAACUACUAGGUAGGCACGAUGGCUCAUUCCAAUUCUUCCGCAUUCCCGGCAGGGACUUUGGUCUGGGUCGAGGCCAGCAAGGUGGAUUUGUCACAGGAAGAGGUCGGGAUCGUUGUAUCUCCGUCGUUGCUCGACUACGARGAUCCAGAAACUGGCGAAACGAACCGAGACGGAUUGCUCGUCAAGCUCAAAAUCAGCAAUACCCGCGGUGUGUUUCCAACUCGUCGCCUCCGUCGUUUCGAGACAGAGAAAGAUACGGGAUUGGUAGAUGCGAUUGACGUUGACAGAGUGUCUGCCUCCACGACAUCCACGCCUCCUAAAUCUGUUGUCUCUCGCAGAUCGCAACGUCGAUCGACACGGACGGUUUACCGGGGUGUUGUCACCCCUUCUCCGGUUCCAUGUGAAGAAGUGACCAGCACAAAAGGAAUUCCGAAAGGACCCGCAUCUCCACCGCCAUCAAAGUCUCCAUCGACRCAUUCCAUUGGUACUCAAAUAUCCAAGGAGUUCGAGGGAAUCUUCUAUAGCGGAAAGGUUACAGCUUACAAUGCCAAAUCAAAAUAUUUCAAAGUAAAGUACGAAGACGGCGACGAAGAGGAAAUGCUAGAAAGCGACAUCAAGCGGUAUGCCGUAGCCUCUGAGUCUGAUAAGAAGAAGAAAACAACAAGGGGGAGCACCAAAGACUCCCGUAAGCGCAAACCUGCUGCUUCCAAAGAUACGAAGUUGAAGAAAGYUCCUGCUGCGUCUGCGGCUUCCGUGAAAACGAAGCCAACACCAAAGUCUGCUACCGCGUCCAAAAAAGCGAAGCGCACURCAUCGUCUUCUGUUCCGAACACUACCACUGGUGCCGUCGUCAAUGGCAAGAAAGACGUGGAAGAAAAAGCUGUCGAAAGCAACGACGGCAGCCCUCUCAUCAACCUGAAGAAAUCGUCCGCUAAAAAGGCCAAAUCGGUAAAGAAGUCUUCGAAGAAGACCAAAACCAAUGCAAAAGCAGCAGAGGAGCUUUUGAUCCUUGCUUCCCUCAGCGAUAGUGAUGACGAAAAAGACCGCCCGUUUCGCGUCGAAUAUGCCAGCACGGGCCGAGCGACCUGCAAGGGAUGCGAUGAAAAAAUUGCCAAGAACUCCCUCCGCAUUGCCUCUCGUCCUCUCUUUCGCGGAAAACCAGGAUUUGUGGUCUAUCGUCACCUCMAGUGCCAGACUCUGCCUGAAGAAAUCGAACAAAUAAGUGAUGUUGGGGGCUGGCGACGCUUGAAAGAAGAGGACAAGACUUUGCUACAAAAACAAAUCGAAGAAUCGAAGCUGCGCAUCGAGGAAGAAAGUCAAGAAAUGGAUGCCGAUGAACUCGUCCAAACCGCAUUCCAGGGACCGCUUCGAGACMCACCUCCAGGUUUAGGCGCAACUUUGUUGCCCUUUCAACGAGAGGGCGUUAGUUGGAUGUACAACCAGGAGCGGUCGGACAUUUCCGGUGGAAUUUUGGCAGACGAGAUGGGKAUGGGGAAAACUCUCCAAACUAUCACUACCAUUUUGGACAACAGGCCGAAGUUGCAGCAUGUUUCACCGGGCACCAAACAUCCUCCCUCCACACCUGACUUGGAGGAGCGAAUUAGAGAAGAAAACGCUUGGAACGAGGCACGAAAGGGUUGUCGUAACGACCUGAAAAUGGCAGAUGUACCGGUUCGGGUGUUGGCCAAGCAAGAAAGGAAAGGGACCAUCGGCACUCGAGGCGGAACCUUAGUGAUUUGUCCCCUGAUCGCACUGUACCAGUGGAAAGAAGAAAUCGAAAAGUUUACGGAACCAGAAACCCUGUCCAUCUGUAUAUACCACGGUGUUGAUCGACACAAAUCAUUUCCACAAGAAAUGUUGUGCAAGUACGACAUCGUUUUGACUACUUACCAAGUGUUGGAAGCCGACUUUCGAAAAAUGGUAAGAACUAUACGGUUUGGACUUCAUUCUGUGCAAUGACGAUGGACGGAUAAAUUUGACGCAUCCUCGUAAUUGAUGUCUGUUCUUCUUAUAUUUCACCUCUUCGUUUGUUAUGUGUUGAAUCGCUGUCUAUAGGUUUCACCCAACAAGGUAAAAUGCCCCAAUUGUGGCCGGGCCUUCAAAAUAGACAAGCUUGCAGUGCAUUUGAAAUACUUUUGUGGAGAAACUGCACAGCGCACUUUUGCUCAAUCUCGUCAGCGGCGGUCRGCCGAUCGACACCAAAGUUUCGGGAGCAAACGAAAGGGAUCGACCAAUAAGGAAAAGAAGAAGUCGUUUAGCAAAACGAAAAGCACGAAACUCGACAACAAGAAAUCCCAGAAGACGAAAACAACAGUUCAUACUAGCCGAACCAAAGGAUACGAGAGUGACAGUGACCUAUCCUUGCCAGAKGGCUUUGACAUGACCUCCAAACGCCCCUCUCGCUCUGCUGCACGAGCCGCUACACAACGAUUAAGUGCAUCCUCAAAGGAAUGGGCCGGCGAGAACGCAAGCGACUCCGAUGAUUUUUCGGAUGAGAGUCAGCUUACGUCAGAGGAUGAUAGCUCUGAUGAGCAGUCACUCCCGGCCCGCACUACGAUGACUAGAAUGAGAGGAUGUGGAUUGGCGAAAAACACACCCAACAGCGAUUCUUCGUCAGAUGACGARACUAGCUCGGAAGACGAUAGCAGUCUCACGCGUGCCAGGAAACGCCAGAAACUUGCACUAUCUAGGGCUGCGAAAAACAAAACGAAAAAGUUUCCUGAAGAAGACAUACAGAAGAAGAAAUCUUUUGGAAGGAAGAGUAAAAGUACGAAGAAAUCUCCAAUUGAAAGUAACAUCGAUCCGUUGAGAGGYAUUGAUAUGGAAGCACUWAAGGAAAAGGCUAUGGAGGGUUGCCAGAUGAGUGUGCUUCAUACUUUAUCAUGGUGGCGAAUCGUUCUUGAUGAAGCUCAUGUGAUUAAGUAAGUUUUUCACCUGUUCUGAUUUUUGAAAGUAACUAAAACACCUAACCAAGUCUGGAAAUUUAUUCUGUCUUUGCUUUUAAGGUCUCGAUCUUCUUCUACUUCAUCGGCUGCAUUUCAUUUGACUGGAAUACACCGUUGGGCUCUAUCGGGGACCCCAUUGCAAAAUAGGGUCGGAGAACUCUAUUCUCUUAUCAGGUACGUACUUCUAAUAUUUUUCCAACCCAAAUGCUAUUUUUUUCUUGACUUCGGUACCUCAAUAUAGUGAUAUGCGCAUGUUUUCUAUGAUGCAGGUUUCUUAGAAUAGAUCCUAUGGCGCACUACUUUUGUCGAUCAAAGGUAAGUACACCAAGAACAGAAACGAAGGCUUUUACAUUUGCAUCGAUUCUUGUUCUAACAAAACUCCUCUCCUUUUUAGGGAUGCGACUGCAAAAGUAUCUAUUAUAGGAUGGAGCACGGGAAGUGCAAAAAUUGCGGUCAUGCAAGUAGUCAGCAUUUUUCUUACUUUAACAAACACGUACUGAAUGUAAUCCAACGCGAGGGAUAUGCAGGAGAUGGACGGCGAGCCAUGAUGAAACUCAAGACCGAAGUACURGACAAGUGUUUGUUGAGACGAACAAAAGAAAGCAGGGCAGCAGAUAUGAAUUUACCACCCAGAGUUGUUAUCAUCAAACCAAUUCGCUUGCAUCCCCGAGAAGAAGAUUUCUACAAUGCCCUCUAUACGCAAACCAAGAGCUCUUUCGACGACUACAUCGCCGAGGGUACAUUACUGAACAACUAUGCUCAUAUCUUUGAUUUGCUGACCAAAAUGCGUCAAGCCGUGGACCAUCCAUACUUGAUUGUACACUCCAAGAAAAAUCACAUGAAACUACAACAAGGACAACCAGCUGUUGCAAAUGGAUCUACUACAUGUGAACUUUGUGGAGAAACUCCAACAGACAGAGUUUUAAGUACAUGUUGCGGUUCUGCAUUUUGUCGUAGUUGCGUUAUUGAUAUGAUGACACUCACAGAURUGGAACAGGGUAGCACUCGUUGCCCAUGCUGUCGUGCUCCCUUUAGUAUUGAUCUCAAUCAGACGACUUGCCAAGAAGUUGACAAUGGUACUUUGACUGUAAAUAAGACGUCAGGGAUGCCAUCUUUGAAGGAAAUGAGGAACGUUGCAACCGAAUCCAUUUUAAGGCGAAUUGAUUUAGCAGAAUUUUCGACAUCGACAAAACUCGAAGCGUUAGUCCAAGAACUGUACGAAAUGAGACAAGAUCGUCCAGGAAGUAAAGCAUUAGUUUUCUCUCAGUUCACUUCUAUGCUAGACCUUUGUCGAUGGCGUUUGAGCUCUGACCCAUGCCUUCAGGACUUGGGGCUUGGUGUUCGGAUUAUUCAUGGAGGGAUGAGCGUACAGUCACGUGACGAAGCUUUGAAAUCUUUCAAAGAAGAUCCAUCGGUUAGGGUACUUUUGAUGAGCCUCAAAGCGGGAGGCGUGGCAUUGAACCUGACUGUUGCCAAUGAGGCAUAUUUGUUAGAUCCUUGGUGGAAUCCCGCUGCUGAAAUGCAGGCGAUCGAUAGGACACAUAGACUGGGUCAGUACAGACCAAUUCGUGCUGUCAGAUUCAUUGCCGAGGGGACAGUUGAAGAACGUGUGCUUCAACUUCAAGAAAAGAAGCGGCUUGUAUUCGAUGGUACAGUUGGCAGAGAUGCUGCAAGUCUAAAAAUGCUAAACGUGGACGAUAUGAAGGCAUUGUUCACCUAAGAUAUGACUUCUCGYUUGUGCCCUCGCACGAUAGUUACGAURUAUAGAUUUGGACAAGUUACUUUAGUAAAAUAUACAUGAUUGCUUCUGUUUCAUUAUCGAUUAAAUCAACGUAGACUAGCAAUUCAUCUCUCGCAUUSUUUUCUCUUCUUGRCCGUACUCCCKCAAUCUUUGUCGAUGUGACUGAUGUUACUKACACCGAUGUUGACAAAUAACAAAUAAUUUAUCAUUUUAUCCCUCGUAAGGAAAUAAAACUGACACCACUGAACAUCAAACACUAAUCAUUAGACGCUACCCGGAUAAAAUUGUGUCCAAGUUUCUCUCAUUUUACGGGACAGUUCAGGAUGAUUUUGAUUGAAUUCUUGUGGAGCAUCGGCAAACAUUACAAUGACUGUGUUGACUCCACUAGCAACAGUAKRUAAAAUGACACUGGCGACGAACAAACCUGCGACGAAUCCAAUACCGAAAGCAGCACCCAGACUGUCCUGGGCUAAAGUCUUGAAUUCGGAGUUGAUUGAGGCAUACACAACACCUACAACUCCUAUGAUAAGUCCAAGAACACAACAAAGCAUGAAAAUUGCACCACCCACAAGGUCGUCCGCAAUGAUAGCUUCCCAG